GGUUCAGUAUCUUAAUAGACACCUUUGUCAUGGUGAAGAACAUGUUGCUGGUACUGUUGCCGCUUUUGAUCGCAUCGGCUUCUGCCGUCAAAGAUCCACGAUGCACUCAAUAUAGCUCUAACUCAGAGGCGAAAACGCUUCCUCACAGAUCCGAUUGUUCCAAAUUCUACAUGUGUGACAUGGUUGGAAAUGCUAUGGAAAUGCAAUGUCCCCCGAACACCUUCUACAGCGUUGCCGAGGGAGUUUGCUCGUUCGAUGAUUCGAGUUGUUCUGGAAUGGGAUACAUCCCGGUCAUUAGACCUGUGCAGCCGGAAGUAAACAACCGAGUCCCCGUUGUCAAGCCAGUGCUGCCAGAAGUUCCAAUCGUAAAACCGAUCGAGCCUGAAUUCAACAACAAAUUUCCAAUCGUCAAGCCCGCAUUACCAGAGUUCAUACCAGAGAUCAAGCCCGUUCAACCGGAGGUCAAGCCAGUUAAACCGGAAGUAGAGAGCCCCGAACUUGCCACUGACGCUAAUGCUCUUGCCUGUGCUGAUCUUCCGUCCGGAACAACUUUACCCCAGAGGAACGAUUGUCACUCUUAUAUCAUUUGCAUCCAAAACAGAGCCAUCGCUCUUAGAUGUCCAGAGGGUUUGGCCUACGAUGUUCACAACCAGAAAUGUGAUUUCGAAACUGAACUGAUUUGCCAGCAACCCUAUCUGACUGAAUCGAACUCCCCUGUGGAAAAACCUCACCAAGAGCAGAACGGAUUUAAUCGGCCUCAAUGGGAAACUCCCAUCAACAUGCCGCAGAUUCCCGUAGUGCCAAUUGUCCCACCUCAACAACCUCUGCCGAUGCCUGAACAUUCCGUCAUCAUUCCGCCACAAGAAACCGUCUCCGGUCAAGAGUUUCAACCCUACAAUCCAGUUAUUAAUCCGGACGUCCGUUGCUUGAUCCGUGCUGAUCCUGACAACCCUAUCAUCUUGCCGCACACCAGGGAUUGCUCCAAGUAUUUGGUCUGCGUUGGUGGAGGAACCGUGGAGAAGUAUUGUCCCGCCGGUCAGCACUGGAGCGUGGAAAACAACUGGUGCGAUUAUCCUUUCCGUGCAAGAUGCGUUUUGUAAAAGUAAUCAACCUAACUAUGUCGUUGAUUUGCACUGAAUAAUAUAGAACAAUGUGUUCUUAGCCUAA